GUCGCGAUCUACGACGGGUACCAGGUGGGCGACGAGUGCAGGGCCAUCUCCCCCGACGACUUCCGCUGGUAUUCCGGCUCCGUGGUCGAGGUGCUGGGGGGGGGCAGAGUGAAGUGGGACGAUCCUGAUGGUGGUGACGAGACGUUAGACGUAGAUGCAGAGCACAUGCAGCGGUCGCUCGUGUUCAAGGGGUACAAGCCGAACGACAAGGUGUUGGCUAGACAUCCGGACAACGGGCAAAUGUACGACGCCACGGUGGUGCGGCUCAACGACGACGGCACGUUCCAGGUGAGGUGGAGCGACCCCUUCGGCGGGCCAGAGGAGACGUCCCCGGUGCACUCGGCAGGGCUGAAGUACCCGCCGAUACCCUUCGAGAAGCUAGCGGUUGGACAGAAGUACAAGGGCAUCGUCAAAAGCAUGACGGAGUUUGGCGCGUGGGUAGACAUCGGCGCAGUGAGCCGCGGGUUGCUUCACAUUUCGCGAAUCGCGAAGCACCGCGUUCACAGUGUCCAGGACGUUCUGGAUGAGGGCCAAGAGGUGGACGUCUGGAUCUGUGGCCUUCGGGAAGGUAAGAAGUUUGGGCUCACUAUGGUUGAGGGCCGCUUGGACGCUGGCCGAGUAGAGGACAAGAGCCGGGGGGACCUGGAGGCCUUUGUGGGCAUCUCGCCCGACGAGUGGCUCGUCGGCGUCGUGCAGGGCAUCAGACCCUAUGGCGUCUUCGUGACGCUGACGAGGGGUGGCAGCACUUCCCGGGGGCUGGUCCACGUCUCCCGCCUCAGCGACGGCUUCGUGGAGGACGUAGAGGGGGAGUUCCGUGUCGGCCAGGAAGUCAAGGUGCGGGUGAUCGAUGUGGACGUGACGGCGGGCAAGAUGGGGCUGACCAUGCAGUCUCUGCAGCCCAGCAGUGAUACCAGCCGCUCCAAGCUUGAGGCCACUGACCUGUCGGUGUUCAAGUACUUGGACCCAUCGGAGUGGGUUACUGGCGUGGUGGUCGGGAUCGUCCCCUUCGGCGCUUUCGUGGACGUCCGCGCGCCCCAGGGCGGCCAGACCGCCCGGGGUCUCCUGCACAUCUAUCAAGGAGGACGAGCGCGUCGAGAGCGUCGGCGACGAGCUCCACGUUGGGCAGGAGGUGUCCGUGCGGGUUGUCAGUGUCAACGCCCAGGCGAGGAAGAUGGACCUGACGAUGCGCCCCCUGCGGGACGACGCGGCGCUGCCGGUGCUGAAGGCGAACCCGUGGGCGGCCCCGGCCACAUGACCCGCGCCCGCCGUCUCCCAGCCGGGCGGCGCGCCACGGCCGGACGGCGCGCGGUGGGGGGGGUCGGGGGGCCAUCGGGGAGCGGCGAUGCGCUCGGCGAUCUUCAGGACACGUUCUAG